UCCCCGCCGCCAUAUGCAAGCUGAAAAAUCUCUCCAUCCUCGAUCUCAGUUACAACGACAUCUCCGGCACCUUUCCCACAUCCCUCUACAACUGCUCUAACCUCCUGCACCUUGACCUCUCCCACAACUACUUCGUUGGCGUGAUACCCUCCGAUAUCUUCCGUCUCUCUCCCCGUCUCACUGACCUCAUCCUCUCAGACAAUAACUUCACCGGAGAAAUUCCGCCCUCCAUCAGCCGGCUCUCGGCGAUUGAACUUCUCUCUCUCUAUGACAACUUCUUCGAUGCGUCAUUCCCAGCCGAGCUUGGCAACCUCUCAAACCUCCAAACCCUAAGGCUUGGAGGUAAUCCCUUCGCUGCAGCAACGAUCCCUUCAACUUUCCGCAAUUUGACUCAGCUGAGCUUCCUGGGUAUGGGACAGGCUAAUUUGAAGGGCGAGAUCCCUGAAUUCAUCGGAGAGUUGACGGGGAUGCGGGUAUUGUACCUCCAGCAGAACUCCCUCAGUGGAAGCAUACCCGCCGGAAUCUGGAAUCUAAAGAGCCUCUCCGUCCUUGACAUCCGCAACAACCGGUUUUCCGGCGAGAUCCCGGAGAGCAUCAGAGAGUUGACGGAGAUGAUCACAUUGGCUCUAUCGGAGAACUCCCUCAGUGGAAGCAUACCCAACGGAAUCUGGAAUCUAAAGAAGUUGCGGAUCCUUUAUUUGUAUGCAAACAACCUAACUGGACCGAUCCACAUCGACGGACCAAUUGGCGCCUUGGGGCUGGAACAGAUCGACGUCUCCGCCAAUCAAGUAAAUGGAUCCUUCCCGGAGGAAUUCGGCAAGCUUCAGAACCUCGCUAUCCUUUUCAUGUCCGACAACCGGUUUUCCGGCACCCUACCGGACAAAUUGCCACCGGGACUCACGUGGCUGGACAUCACGAACAACAAAUUCUCCGGCAACAUCCCAUCAACGGCUAAAAGUUUGCGGUUCUUUACAGCGUACAACAACUUACUAUCCGGUAAUAUUCCAGCUGUCUUGACCGGAAUCUCCGAACUCGUGGUGCUAUGUCUGGGAGGGAACCAGAUCUCUGGCCAAAUCCCGCCAGGGAUAUCAGAGCUGAAAUAUCUGUCUGUUCUUAAUCUCAGCAGCAACCAUCUUGUUGGCGAGAUUCCUGCGGCAAUUGGGUCCCUACAGGUACUCCAGUCACUCGACUUAUCGAUUAACCAACUGUCCGGCUCGAUUCCGUCAGAGAUCGGAGACCUCAAGCUCAAGACGCUCAACCUCUCGUCCAACCGGCUCUCUGGCGAGAUCCCGAUCUCAUUACAGGACGCAGCCUACAAUAGAAGCUUCCUCUCAAACCCCAGCCUCUGCGCUUCCAGUGAGCUCUUAAACGUCCCCAUCUGCAAACAUGGCUUGCAAUGGAAGCUCCGUGUGGUGCUCAUCGUUCUCGCUUCACUCGUCUCCUUGAUGGCCACUGUCUUCGCUGCGUUCGCAAGAAGAGGGCGCCAUGGGAGAAGCAAUGGCAGAGUUCUACCCACGUGGAAGAUGAUGUCUUUCUAUCCGUUGGAUUUUACCGAGUCCACCAUCCUGAGUGGGCUUACGGAGGACAACCUUAUCGGGAGCGGCGGCGGUGGAAAAGUAUACCGGAUUGUGCUCGAAAACCACGUCGCACAGAUCGUGGCCGUUAAAAAGAUCUGGAACAGUAGGAAGCUUGAUUCCCUACUGGAGAAGGAGUUCCAAUCCGAGGUCCAAAUCCUAGGUUCAAUCCGGCAUGCUGGUAUUGUUAAACUACUUUUCUGCCUCUGGAGCGUCGAUAUGAAACUGCUGGUGUACGAGUACAUGGAGAACGGGAGCCUGGAUCGGUGGCUUCACAAGAAGUGGAGGGUGGGGGAGCAAAUCGAAGAGAUGAACUCCGAUCACAGGCCUUUAUUAGACUGGUCCACCAGGUUGCGGAUUGCUAUCGAUGUGGCACGAGGAUUAUGCUACAUGCACCACGGUUGCUCCCCGCCUAUCGUGCACCGAGAUGUGAAGUCGAGUAACAUAUUAUUAGACUUCGAAUUUAGACCCAAGGUGGCUGAUUUCGGUCUGGCUAGGAUGCUUGUCAAGCUUGGAGAGGACAACACGGUGUCGGCUGUAGCGGGAACAUUCGGUUACAUGGCCCCCGAAUGUGCAUACUCUAGAAAAAUAAAUGAGAAGAUGGAUGUGUACAGUUUUGGAGUGAUUCUUUUAGAAUUAACCACUGGAAAAAAAGCAAACGAUGGUGGAGAAUAUGGUAAUCUAGCAGAGUGGGCUUGGCGCUGCUUACAAGAGGCUGACAAGGUGAUCGAUGCUAUAGAUCAAGACAUCAAAGACCCGACAUAUGUAGAGGAGAUUGCAUUUAUCUUUAAAUUAGGAGUCAUGUGCACUAGUCCAUUGCCUUCAUCAAGACCUACAAUGAAGGAUGUUCUCCAAAUCUUACUAAGACAUCAACGUCAACAAGCUGUUGCAAAUGAUACCAUGGUGUGAAUGAAAAGAUGAUACUAGAGCACCUACCAUUGCAGCUGGCAGUGAAAAUCUCAUUUAGCCCAACUUCAGGCUGUCAUAUCCAUGAACAAUUCUUUUAUAUAUGCAGCAACGAGUGAUGGAAGUAUGCUAGGCAACAUCAAUUGGCAACGGUAUAUAGGUAAGCACAGUACUCUCCAUGUCAAUUAUCUCCCCUAAUGAACAUUGUGUAUUCCCUUGUA